AUGGAUGGCAUAACUGCCGACUUGGGUAACUUGGGCGUUGGUCAAGCUCCGGUCUACCUUCUCAAAACCAGAUCCUCCCCAUCUGACAGCUACGAAGAUUAUUUCAACGCCGUCCAGGAUGGCCAUUUCAAGCCAAUCUUUGUGCCAGUGCUGGAACAUCUGUUCCGAGACGAUGCUUUGCGAACGCUCCGUAGGUCAUCUGAACGAUUCGCUUUCGCAAGCGGAAGUGAAGCCACCUCCCGUCAAAAAGCUACCGCGAAUCAAGCGAAGAGAUACGGUGGCAUCAUAUUCACGUCCCAGCGCGCUGUAGAUGCAUUCGCUACCGUCGUAGCAAAGCUGGAUCCGGACAAGCGGGAUUUGCUGUUUGACAAGGACAUGCCCUUCUAUGUUGUGGGACCCGCCACAGCGAACGGGGUGAAGUCUUUGGGGCUACACUGCGAAGUGAUUGGGGAGCAGACCGGAAAUGGGGACGCUCUGUCUCAAUUUAUACUUGGCUGGCACAAGACUUUACCGAAAUCCGCCACACACUUGAACGGGCAAAAGCUGCCUUUGCUGUUCCUGGUCGGAGAGCAGCGGAGAGMCAUCAUCCCGAAAAGCCUGCAAUCCGAUGAACUUCCAGCCUCGGACCGGAUUCCUGUGACUGAGAUGGUCGUGUAUGAGACAGGCGAGAUGGCCACGUUUGAGGAGGAGUUCACCAAUCUGCUCAAGCAGGCGAAAUCUGCCAAGGUCAAGGAGCAAUGGGUCGUUGUGUUUAGUCCACAAGGAUGUGAAGCCAUGCUUAGCGCACUCGGCUGGUUGGACGAGAAGACCGGCAAGUACAGUGCGGARAGGAGAGAGAUUGUUUCUGGACCCACUUCUACGAAAAUUGCUACCAUUGGUCCUACGACCAGAAACUUCUUGGUGGAGCAGUUCGAUUUCGAGCCAGACGGGCAGGAGCAUGCUAAAGUCUUCCUCGAGGCUUCGACCAACGUGAUUUGCGGAACAACUUACGGCUGCACGCCUUCGAUCGAUACGUCACUGUAA